AUGCGCGGCGGCGAGGAGGAGGGGGAGGAGGCCCGUCCGCUGCGCGACCUCCCGGCGGGUGUUCGUGGUCGACGCCGCCAUGGCCGUCUUCGAGGAGCACGCCGCGUGAUCCCCGACAUCCCCCUCCGGCAGGUGGACGCGCUGUGCAGGUCAGACACGGCCAGGACGCUCUCCGUCACCACGGGGUUCUGCUCCCACGAGGGGACGCAGUUCGUGCCCCUGGACCUCGCUACAAACGCCCAGUUCCGCGCGUGGUUCUCUGCGCUCGUGCCCUCCCUCACGGGCGGCCAUCUCGACGCCCUGGAACGGCUGUGCCCGGAUCCCGCGACGGGCCCCUCGAAGCGGUACGAGAACGCGCCCGGCUGCGGGCACGGCGCGCAGUUCCGCUGUCUGCACGAGGCGGUCUACCUGUACGAGUACGCGGCUGCGUCGGAGCCGUUCGGUGCCGCGUCGCAUGGCGAUCAGGCGCCGGUUGUCGCGCACGACAUGGAGACGCUCGGGGGUCAGCGGGGACUGGUGGCCGUGGCGGAGGAGAUGGCGUCCCGCUGGGGGCAGUUUAUGGCCUCGCCGACGGGGGAGAUUUGGUCGUGGCCGAGGUUUCAGAGCCCAUUUGGCGACGGGCGCGGCGGCGGGGAGUUAUUGGUGUUUGGAAAGGGGAACGACGAGGCUGCCGGCGGGAAGAGUGAGGGCGUAGCCGUGCGCAAGAGGAUCUUGACCGACGAGGAAAUGGCCCAGUGUAAGUUUUGGUGGGAACGAAUGGACUUGAGCCAAGGGAUGGGCGGGAGCGGACAAUAUAGGGAAUAG